AUGGCAAAGUUGCUCAACACACCUUCCUCAACCCUGGUGUUCGUACCCAAUGCCAGCACCGGAGUGAACACCGUUCUUCGCAACAUCGUCUUUGAACCUGGCGAGCACAUCCUCAUCUUCAGUACCAUCUAUGGAGCUUGCGAGAAGACAGUAUCAUACGUCACCGAGACUACCCCCGCGGAGAGUGUCAAGAUCGCAUACAGCUAUCCCGUAGAAGACGACUGGCUGCUAACCAAGUUUGAGAAGAAGGUCAAAGAGGUAGAGAGCAAGGGUGGAAAAGUGAAAAUCGCAGUCUUUGAUACUGUGGUUAGUGCGCCCGGCGUCAGGAUGCCGUUCGAGCGCUUGACACAGAAAUGCAAGGAGCUUGGCGUCAUGAGUUGUAUCGAUGGGGCCCAUGGGGUGGGCCACUUGAACAUCGAUCUGGGUGCAUUGGACCCAGAUUUCUUCGUGAGCAACUGUCACAAGUCAGUCCUAUCUUUCGUCAUUGCACAUCAUAGAUGGCUCCACGUCCCCCGCGGCUGCGCAAUCUUCCACGUCGCCCAACGAAACCAAGACAUCAUACGCAGUACGCUUCCCACAUCCCACGGCUUCACACCCAAGGGCGAAAAGGUCGAUUCACCCAUGCCAAAAUCGGCGUUCGUCAGCCCGGAUAAAUCGCCCUUCGUUAGCAACUUCGAGUUUGUGGGUACCAUCGACAACAGCCCCUACUUGUGCGUACCCGCGGCCUUAAAGUGGCGCGAAUCUCUCGGAGGCGAGACUGUCAUUAUGGACUAUUGCCAAACGCUCGCCCGUGAAGCCGGUAAACACGUUGCCGGUGUUCUUGGCACUGAAGUCAUGGAAAACAGCACUGGUACGUUGGGACAGUGUUGUUUGUCCAAUGUUCGCCUGCCGAUAUCGCCGUCUCUGGCCCAAGACAUCGCGAGUAAGAAUGGUAUCGACAAGGAAGAAGUCGGCAACCUGAUCAGGGACUUCAUGGAGAGGCUUAGCUGUGAAGAGUAUGGUACCUUCAUUAUGAUGAAAUGGUAUGGAGGUGUAUGGUGGACGAGGUUGAGUGGACAGGUGUACUUGGAGAUGGCGGACUUUGAAUGGGCUGCCAAGACCAUCAAGGAAAUAUGUGAGAGGGUGGAGAAGGGAGAGUGGGCUGUGCCGAAGGUUAAGCUUUGA